CAACCAUUUUGGGCCUCGAGAGCGAGCCCAAUAUUGUUUUCUUGUUGGUGCGUUGGAGCAGUUAGGGUUUUGGGUUUGGUUUCUCUUGAGUGCGAACAUUUCCGAUCUUUGGAAUCAUCGAGUAACAGCAAUCUGAGAAAUGUCGAUGAUGCAACGUUACGGACGGAACAAGAGCGUGGUGAAGCGGUCAAAAAAGUACUUGGAGGAAGCACUGUACGUGAAGCUCUUCAAAGAUGGCGGUUCCCAACUCAGCGUUCGUCAGAGCCUCAACAACUUCAUCAAGAGCGGAAAGCGUGUUUACAAAUGGGAGGUUGGCGACACUCUCAAAAAGCUUCGCGAUCGGAAGCUCUAUCAACCUGCUCUCAAGCUAUCGGAAACCAUGGCUAAGAGGAACAUGAUGAAGACAGUCAGUGACCAUGCUAUACAUCUCGACCUGCUUGCCAAGGCCCGAGGAAUUAUCGCUGCUGAAAAUUAUUUUAUUAAUCUCCCAGAAUCGGCUAAGAAUCAUCUAUGUUAUGGAGCCCUUCUGAACUGUUACUGCAAGGAAUUGAAGACUGAAAAGGCAGAAGGUCUUAUGGAAAAGAUGAAGGAGCUUAGCCUUCCUUUAAGUUCCAUGCCUUACAACAGUCUUAUGACUCUUUAUACCAAAGUAGGGAAACCAGAAAAAAUUCCAUCCAUGAUACAAGAAAUGAAGGCUAGCAAUAUAACGCUGGAUUCUUACACGUUCAAUGUCUGGAUGAGGGCUCUUGCUGCCGUUAAUGAUAUUUCUGGUGUUGAAAGGGUUCAUGAUGAGAUCAAGAGGGAUGGUCGAGUCACUGGAGACUGGACAACAUAUAGCAACUUAGCAUCUAUUUUUGUUGAUGCUGGCUUUUUAGAUAAGGCGGAAGUGGCGCUUAAGGAGUUGGAGAAGAGAAACGCUUUCAAAGAUCUUUCUGCUUACCAGUUUCUAAUUACGUUGUAUGGGCGAACUGGUAACUUAUAUGAGGUUUAUCGGGUCUGGCGAUCACUUAGGCUGGCAUUUCCUAAAACUGCAAACAUAAGCUAUUUGAAUAUGAUUCAGGUGUUGGUUAACUUGAAAGAUCUCCCUGGAGCAGAAAAAUGUUUCCGGGAGUGGGAAUCUGGCUGUCCUAAGUAUGAUAUUCGAGUUGCAAAUGUUCUGAUUGAAGCAUAUGCAAAAUUGGAUAUGCUGGAGAAGGCUAAAGAGCUCAAGGAGCGCGCUCGGAGGAGGGGUGCCAAGCCUAAUGCAAAAUCCUGGGAAAUCUUUUUGGAUUACCAUUUGCAGAAGGGUGACUUUAAGUUGGCAGUGGAUUGUCUAGACAAAGCAAUAGCAAUUGGUAGAGGAAAUGGUGAGAAGUGGAUUCCAUCGUCAAAGGUCAUGGAUGUCAUGAUGAGGCAUUUUGAACAAGAAAAGGAUGUUGACGGUGCAGAAGAAUUUCUAGAGAUUGUGAACAAAUCUGUGGAUUCUCUAGGGGUGGAGGUGUUUGAAUCCUUGAUCAGAACUUAUGUAGCUGCUGGUAGGACCAGUUCGGCCAUGCAACGGAGGUUGAAGAUGGAGAAUGUGGAGGUGAGUGAAGACACCCAGAAAUUGCUUGAGGCAAUAUCUGUGGAGUGACUCACGAUCCUUUCAUCCUUCAAGUUUUGAUUGUUGUAAAUUUAGAUGAUGUGAUCAUUCUACACAUUUUUGCUUGGUUGAUAAAUUUAUACAUUUUGGAAUGGCACGUGCUGUAGAACAUUAAGGGCCUCUAAUUUGAUUAUUGAAAAAUAAAAUACACAUGUCAUAUUAA